AUGCUGAUUUGCCAGAAGAGUUCCACGGACCGCGGCAAGAAACGGCGAGUCGCCCCGUUCGAUGAUGUGAACCUCGACCAUGCUCAAAAACGGGGUUGCAGAUCCGCCAGGCUAUCUAGCCCCAACAGCCCUGCAGAAGAAGAAGAAGAAGCAGAAGAAGACGUCGCUGAGGCCGGACCAUCAGACCUUAGAUAUAAUCCGGUUGAAUUCUGGACAAAGGAGGGGAAUUGGCCCCCAACACAUUAUUCUGAGCCGAACUUCGAACGCAUCUUUGCCCGAAGGAACCCACGUCCGUCCUUUGUCCGCAACAUAUUUGACUCGAGUUCUUCCGCUAUGUCUAGCGAUGUGGAGCUGCCGGGUGAUAACACAAGACCCUAUCGUGAUCCGCUCUAUGACAUGCAACUCAGCGCAGAAGACACCGCCAUGGAAGUACCAGAGAGCGGCAUCACGGACGAAAGCGAGUCCCAAGUCCGUGACCUCCUCACCCACGAGCAAGUGUUUCCCACUGGUACAAUCUUCGACGAUGGGGUUUUCGCUGCUGCUUGUCGUGGUCUCCAAGACAAGAGCCAAGCAAGAAUUGUCCAGGACAUCUCUCGUCUAAUCGUCCCCUCGGCGGAAACCCUCGCCCUCCGUGAUGGAAACCUCCGGAAUCUAGUCGAGAGCGUGAAGGAACGCUGGGAGAAUUCUGUCCCAGUGACCACUAUCCUCCCUCAGCCUGACUACUCGGUCGGCUUCAGACGGGAGGCCUUUUCCGAACAGCAGCUUAUCAAGCUGUCCCCAUUCCUCGGCAACUUCCUUGGCGGGGACCAGUCCUUCUUCAUGGGCACCUCCUACAUGUAUUUCCCAUUCCUUUCGUGCGAGGUCAGCUGUGGACCCCAUGCACUUGAUACUGCGGACAAUCAGAAUACCCACAGCACGACCAUUGCGGUGCGGGCUGUCGCCGAGCUCUUCCUGGCUGUCGGCCGCGAGAGCGAGGUCAACCGGAAGAUCCUUGCCUUCUCCAUCUCACAUGAUCAUUGCUCUGUCAGAAUUUAUGGCUACUACCCGGUCAUCGAGAACCGGAAGAUCGAACACUUUCGUCAGCCAAUCCAUCAAUUUGACUUUACAGCACAGAAUGGCAAUGAGAGAUGGACGGCAUACCAAUUUGCAAAGAACGUCUAUGAGAGAUGGGCUCCCGGCCACUUUGAUGCCAUUUGCUCGGCUGUCGACCAGCUCCCACAGGGAUUAGAUGUUGAGAUCUUUACCCUCCGGAGCACAGGCCUUUCCCAGACGUUCGAUCACCACAAAUUGUCACCGUUCUCGUUCGACUCGGCCCUGGUUGCCCCAUGCACCAGCCAGCCAGGUGUUCCCGUGGAGCCGAAGGAUACGCCAGACACAGCCUAUACAUUCCUUUAG